GGCUGAAUUCAAACGGACGGCGGGAGGGGAGCGGCGCCAUCUUGGGGCCGCAACCGGUAUCUUCGGCCCCUCAACCUCGGCCCUAAGCGAGGGGUAGGGCAGCGCUCUGGUGGGUUCCUCGCUCUUUUCCAUCCGCAGCCGUGAACCAUGCACGGAGCCAGCUUUGACUCGUCAGACGAAGAGGCCGCUGAGGAGGAAGGAGAGGAGCCGGCGCCGCUGCCGCUGUCCUGGCUUCCUCUGCCUCCUGCCUACUCCUCUGCGUUCCUGGCUGUGUGUUCCCUGCCAGGUUGCAGGUUUAAGGACAUUAGAAGGAAUCUUCAGAAAGAUAUCGGUGAGUCUUCUGAUCAGUGCGUGAGUGCCUCUCAUUGUCAUGGAAUGGAUGAACUAAAGAACUGUGGGACACGGGAUGUGUUCGUGCUUUGUACCAAAGGAGAGCUCUUAAAAUACCGAGUACCAAACCUUAUAGAUGCCUACCAAGAGUGUGGGAUCUGUGUGCACCACUAUCCUAUUCCAGAUGGAGAUGCACCUGACAUCACCACCUGCUGCACAAUUCUGGAAGAGCUCAGAAGCUGCUUGGAAAGCAACAGGAAGACAAUCAUCCACUGUUACGGUGGCCUCGGACGCUCCUGUCUCAUAGCUGCAUGCCUCCUGCUUCAGCUUUCGGAUGCAGUGACACCUCAGCAAGCAAUAGACAGCCUCAGAGAAUUAAGAGGAUCUAGGGCGAUACAGACAAUCAAGCAAUACAAUUAUAUCCAUGACUUCCGAGAGAAUGUAGCUGCACAGCUGGAAGCUCAGGCUACAGUACAAAGAUCGGUGUCACGCACAUGAAUAUUGGACUACAGAUUUCUGCAGCCACCUGUGCGAUGUGCUAUGAGAUCUAGCACCUGAGAGACUCAAAGGGAACAAAUAAACUACUUAUACAAAAACGUGUUGCUGGAACUGGAAAAUUACUUCAUUUUCCUCAACAGGUAAAUGGAAAAGAUUCUCAAUUAUCACAUCGAAGCUGUUCACAACGACCAUUUACAAUGCACUGUUACCAGUUUAUGUGAAACAUCUCUCCCAGCCCCAACCACUAUUUAUCUGCAGAGCCACAACAACACAAAAGUAGGGAAUCGGAGCUUCCCUUUUCAGACACAACUUGAUUCUGUAUUCUGUUUAUAAAAGGUAAUGCAACGAUCCCAUCAGAAAACAGAUGAAUUUAAAGACAAAAUGAGGCACCAAGUAAAAAUAAGCAUUUCUGAAUUUGAGACUUUAUUUAUUGCACUAAGGAACAGCAGGGCAGUUUCACAAUCUCUUCUUUGAAAAGCUCUGUAGUAUUACUCUCAAGCUCAGGAGUAUUUUCACCAUUGGAAUUGAUAAACGUGGAUUUAUCCAUUUGUGAGUAAGUUUGCUAAUGGUGUCUGUGCACAGACUGUAAACAAAUCAUUAAAUUCACUCCUUUGUGGACAAUGCAGUGUUUCCUAUCACGAUGACACACGCCUGUGAUUACAGCAAGGCUAGCAUUUGGUGAAAAUACAGAACCAUGCACUUACAGGGGAAGAUUACCCAGAUAGGAAAAGAAAAAAAAA